AUGUUUUUUCUUCUCUUUUUCUUUUUUUCUUUCUUAUUCAUAAAAUGACUCGUAGCAAGGACUCUAUUUAUUCUGGUCGUCAUGACAGACAUAUUGCCAGAAAUGGUCAAACAGAAGCUCGUUAUGGAAUUAAGAAAAUGGGUGCUGGUACUGCCAAUUGGGGUGUCUUGGGUGAUGAAAUACCUGAUGCACAAGAAAUAGCCCAUGCUCAAGAAGUCCAUCACUUUCAGUAUGGUAAACUCAAUCUGGUUGAUUCAGAAACAUUUGCUACCAUGCGUUCUUCUGAACAAGCUUCUUAGUUUUUAUUCCCUCUUUUUCUUUGUUUUUGGUUAAUAAACAACAUCUUUUUGUAAAU